UCCAUGUCUCUCUGUACCGCUUAAACUGUGCCACUUCUUCUCUUUCCCAGUUUAGAUGCAGAGUUUUCAGAGAGGAUUUCAAGUUUUGAAGAUAAAGAUGAACUUCGGAUGAGAGGAAAUUUUCAGGUUUGAGCUUUUCAAUCAAUUAUCCCAAAAUAUUCAAUCUUUGAGUUGCAGAGAAGAAGAAGAAGAAGAGGAUGAAAGUGAACAGUGUCUCCUUGCAAAGCUUCAAAGAUUAGUACUUUUGAAACAUUUAAUCCAGAAGUUCCAAUCUUUUGAGGCGAAGAAGAAGAAGAGAUAGAGAUGAGCUUUCCAAGCGUUUAACCCAAAAGAUUCAAUCUUUGCGGUGGAGAAGAAGAAGAAGAAGAAGAAGAAGAAGAAGGAAGAGAGAGAGAGAGAGAGAGAGAGAGAGAUCAGAGACUAAGCUUCAAAGAUUUGAGCUUUUAAAGCAUUAGAAAUCCAAAAGAUUGAAGCUUUGAAGAGAAGAAGAAGGAAAGAGAGUGAUGGGUUGCUGGCAUUCAAGACUAGAGAGAGAGGAAUCAGUGUCACGCUGCAAAGCACGGCGAAGGUACAUGAAAGAGCUCGUCAAUGGCCGCCAAGCUUUCGCCAUAGCGCACGCCGUCUACAUUCAAUCCCUCCGUUCCACUGGCUCCGCUCUUCUCCAGUUCGCCAAUGCUGAGUCUCACCAUCUCCCUCCUCUUCCCCCUUCUCCAUCUCCACCUCCACCACCACCACCACCCCCACCACCUCCACCACCACCCCCUCCUCCUCCUCCUCCUCCUCCUCCUCUAAGCUCUGGCUCCGAUAACUGGACCUCUUCAUCCAUGACUUCUUCGCCUAUCCUCCCCCCACCUCCACCUCCACCUCCUCCACCUCCUCCCCCUUCUUCAAGCUGGGACUUUUGGGACCCCUUCGCCCCAUCCUCCUCUCGCUCAGCCGCUGAGGACUGGGAAGAGGUUUCCACUACUGUCACCACCGUCGCCAUGCCUGCCGCCGCCCCUACAACUUCAGUGGUGAGCACCUUCUCCAAGGACUCCGCCACUGUUGAGCUUGCCAUGGUGGUUGUCCCAAGGAACAAGAAGGAGCUCUCUGAGAUCAUAAAGGAGCUUGAUGAGUACUUCCUCAAGGCCGCUGACUCUGGCGCCCGGGUCUCUUAUCUUCUUGAAUCCCCUCAUUAUGGUGUUCCUUCCAAUCAGGGCUUCACAGGAAGAGUUUGUAGUUAUGGGAGGAGUUUGAGCCCUGUUCUUUGGUCUUGGGGUUCUAACUCAAAGACUAGUGGUUUUAGUAGGUUUGGGAAAUCUGGAGAUGAGUUUUUGGACAGAAAUGGUGUUCAUGGAGGUGUUGGAUUUAGUAGCUCAAGCCAUUCUUCCACUGUGGAGAAGCUUUAUGCUUGGGAGAAGAAGCUCUAUCUUGAAGUGAAGAAUGCUGAGAUGAUAAGAAUGGAGCAUGAGAAGAGAGUGAAGUUGCUGAGGAAACAAGAGGCAAAAGGAGCGGACUAUGUGAAGGUGGAGAAGAACAGGAGAGAAAUUGAGAGAUUGGAGUCCAAGAUGUUGGUGGCUUCUCAGGCCAUGGAAACCACUUCAUCUGAGAUCAUUAGGCUCAGAGAGUCUGAGCUCUUUCCUCAGUUACUUGAGCUUGCAAAGGGCUUGAUGUUCAUGUGGAGGAGCAUGUACGAGUGUCAUCAGGUCCAGACGCACAUUGUACAGCAACUUGAGUACCUCAACAACACACCAAGCACUAAUCUGACCUCUGAUAUCCACCGACAAUCAACUCUUCAGCUGGAACUUGAGAUUGAGCACUGGCACUCAGCAUUCUGUAGCCUCGUCAAAUCACAGAGAGACUACAUCCAAUCCCUAACCGGCUGGCUCCGUCUCUCCCUCUUCCAAUGCUACAAUAACCACCUUCCUACCAAGACACAUCAGCACUCGGCCGUCUACUCCCUGUGUGAAGAAUGGCAACUUGCACUUGACCGAGUUCCCGACAAGGUCGCCUCUGAGGGUAUCAAGAGCUUCUUAACAGUGAUCCACGCCAUAGUAGCCCAGCAAGCCGAGGAGCACAAGCAGAAGAAAUUAGCAGAAUCCACUUUCAAGGAACUGGAGAAGAAAAUGGCGGAACUUCAAUCACUCGAGAGCAAAUACGGGCCGUAUUCAACAUCGGAAGAAUAUGGAGACAUGACAUCAAGAAGAAGUUCGGUCAUUGAUAAACGGGCAAAGGUGGAGGCGUUGAAGGUGAAAGCAGAGGAAGAGAAGAACAAGCAUGACAAGUGCGCCGGAAUUACAAGAGCUAUGACAGUGAACAACCUACAGACUGGAUUUCCGAAUGUCUUCGGGGCGCUGACAGGUUUCGCAAGCGUCUGCAUGCAAUCAUUUGAGAAUGUUUACAAUCACAGAAGCGCGAAUUCAGGGCUGGAAUUGAAGAGGCUGCUUCAUUGAGUAUUGCCAGUGAAGUGACGAUGGUCUGUGAAUAAACAAAAUUCGUAUACAGUGUUGGUAUACCUUUUAAAGCUUGGUUUCUUUCCUUUCUUGUUCUUCUGAAUAUCUCUGUGCCAAAUGCUUCCGUUUGUCAAGAGAUGUUGAGUUAAUGAUAAGUUUCCUAAGUGUUUAACAUAAUGUUGUGGAAUUGGAAAUGUGUUGUUGUGUUGAAUCAAUUUGUUGGAUUCAAUGGAAUUUUGGUGUUAGAAAUUCCAAUCCAGAUUAUAUGUAGAAUUCUUUUUAAAAGAUGGUUCUUUUAAAUUCA